UCCUUCAGCAUGAGUAAUUCAAAAGCUGCAGCCCCCCAGGGGUCUAAAGCCAAUGUAGCUUCUAAGGCAGUCAACACUGAUCUGACAGGGCUUAUUCAUUGCCACUUGCCAAGAUUUUCAUACAGACAUGGGAUGUUUCCAAGGCUCUAUACAAUGCCCUGGAAGCAAGAUAUGAAGUAUCGAAAGUUGAUUUUAAAGCAUGCUAACAAUGUUGGGCUCUAUACUGGCGCUCCUGAAGACACUCUGUUUUUGGACAAAUGUGAGAGACACUGCCAUGGAGAAGACCGAAAGCAGCUUCUAAAGAAGGUCCCACAGCAAAUGACAGUUGUAGACAUUCCCAUCUACUCUCAUCUCUCUCGAUACCACAAGUCCAUGGUGGCUUAUGGCUUCAGAAUCAAACUCUGAGCUGCUUUGUUUACAGAUUAAGAGCCACCAUCCAACAUGAUCACAGUCUCAACAAGAUUUUAAGAGGUGCGA